AUGCAUAUUGGAAAGACCCUCGCACUCUUCUGCCUUAGCCCCGGGGCUCUUUCAUACGUGAUCACCGCCUAUCGGAACGACGACUGCUCUGGCGAGUCUAAGAGGGUCAAUGUGUGGGACAACACAUGCAGAGAUACCAACAUCUUUGCGACCAAGUCCAUUCGAGUCGAAACGUACGGAGGUCGUCACCAGAAAGCCACCUUUUUCACAAACAACGGAUGCGGUGCUGCUGUGAGCGCAAGGUAUGCUUGGUGGGCAGAUGGGGGAGACGGUUCCUUUAAGAAGGGCGCGUGCCUGAAAUUUGAUCGUGACAUUCAUGCCUACGGCUCCGUUUCGUCUUAG